AUGAAAGCUCAAAAGGUAAAUCCAAAGAAAUGUGAAUUUUUAAGGAAAAAGAUCAAAUACUUGGGUCAUGUGAUUUCUGCUGAGGGAGUUGCUACAGAUCCUGAUAAGAUUUCUGUUCUUAAAGAUUGGCCAAUUCCUAAGACACGGAAACAAGUGCGAAAAAGAGAUAAUUUACAAGAAUGGCAUGAUUUUCAGCUUCAGGAUUCAGUGUUGGCACAAAUUCAUCAAGCUAAAGAGAUUGAUAAAAGGCCUUCUUGGCAGGCUGUUGCUCCUAUGGAGAUUUCUUCUAAGAUUUAUUGGUCUCAAUGGGAAGCUAUAGUUGUUUUAAAUGGUGUCUUAUAUAAAAAAUGGGAAUCUCCUAAUUUAUUAAACCAUGUUUAUCAAAUUUUAGUUCCUCGGGAGAAGGUUUCGGAGGUGUUGGAAGAAGCUGAUUCACCUUCCGGGGGUCAUUUUGGAAUUAAUAAAACUUUACAAAGGAUACGUAAACGUUUUUAUUGGGCAACUUGCAAGAGAGACGUAGAGGAUUGGUGUGCUUCUUGCAAAAUUUGUAUAGCUAAGAAAGGUCCUUCUGAAAAAGGGAAAUCUCCUCUUCAGGUGUAUAAUGAAUCAGGAAAACUCGUACUACACCUCUUCAUCCUCAGUCAGAUGGACAAGUUGAACGUCAACAUAGAACAAUUUUAAAUUAUUUGGCGAAAUAUAUUUCUGAUAAUCAACGAGAUUGGGAUAAAUGGAUUUCUUUGUUUCUACUGGCUUUUCGCUCCUCUAAACAUGAAGUAACUGGAGUUUCUCCAGCCGAAAUGUAUCUUGGUCAGGAUCUUCGUUUACCUUUAGAUCUUCUUCGAGGUCGGCCUCCCUCAGUUAAAGAUAAAGAAGAAGAAAAGUACACUAUUAAAUUAAGGAAAAAACUGGAUGAAAUUCAUCGUUUUGCUAGACGUCGUCUUCAAAUUAGGUCUCAAAAUACCAAAUCUUGGUAUGAUCAACGUUCUAGACAAGUGACAUUUGAACAAGGUCAAAAGGUUUGGUUUUUCAAUCCUCGUCGUACAAUAGGAAAAGCUCCGAAAUUGCAAAGUUCUUGGGAAGGACCUUUUAUAAUUAUAAAGAAACUUAGUGAUGUCGUGUUUUGUAUAGGCAAAUCUUUCAAACAAAAAAGAAAAGUGGUUCAUGCAGAUCGUUUGGCUCCUUUUCGAGAAAGAGAUAUUAAAUAAAAUUAAAAGAAUCAAUACAUGUAUAUACAUAUACUUGUUUGUUUUCUUUUCCUUUUUCAGAAUUUCCCAUUCCUCUUUCCUUUUCCGUUUUCCGAGUCGCUGACGUCUUUUUCCACUGAGAUCCGUUAAGGACCACCCUCCUCACGGUUUUUGACCGUGGUUUUUCCGUGAGGCUUUGGGUGAAUACCGGGGCGGGGAUUAGGGGUGUUCUUUUAAAGAACGUCGGGUCCACGGGUUAUACCCCCCCCCUUAUCCGAAGAAGAAGCUGAAGAGCGGUGAGCUGGGACUUCGAGAGUCACGUCGACAACUUUUCGGCCUGGUAGCUGUUGGGACAAGAGAUGGCGUAGUCAAGAGAACCUGAGACAGCAGUCCAGGUUGUGACAAAGGAUCGCCAAAGGUGCCCUGGAGCAGCAAAGAUGGCGUGAAAUUUUGGAGAUAGACUUGAAGAAGAGCAUUACGAACAACUUUUUCCAUGGGAUUGUCGGGACGACAAUUUUGGAAGAGAAGGGACAGUGUUGUGCCCACACCUUUGGGGAACGUAUUGUUCCCACGCUCUUGGGAGAAGACGCUCUGUGAAGA